CUAACAGGAAGUGAGAUUUCGCCAUAUUCGAGUUUCCUGCCAAAUUUCAUUGUUUAUUUUCCUUAUUUUUACAUUGCUGUUUGAUCGUCCGGUGGAUCAUUAAGACAGAAAUGAUGAUGCAUUGACAGAAUCUGCACAUGUGCCAAGUCCAGCAGUUGCUGAUUUAAAUUGUUUUUUUAUUAAAAAAAUAUUGUUUAAUACCUAGACUUAUAUAUAUAAUUGCGCAGUGCAAAAAAUGCCAAUGAGGAGAACACUGAAAAAUGUCGUUAAAAACUAUACAGACGCUCAAGUCAAAGUGCGAGAAGCCACAUCUAAUGACCCAUGGGGUCCGUCCAGCACUCUGAUGACAGAGAUUGCUGAUCUUACGUACAAUGUUGUUGCUUAUACUGAAAUUAUGCAAAUGAUAUGGAAACGAUUGAACGACCAUGGAAAAAACUGGCGGCACGUUUACAAAUCACUAGUAGUCCUGGAUUACAUCAUUAAAACAGGGAGUGAAAAAGUGGCUCAACAAUGCAAAGAAAACAUUUACGCAAUUCAAACUCUGAAGGACUUUCAGUACCAGGAGGAUAAUAAAGACCAAGGGAUGAAUGUUCGAGAAAAGGCAAAACAGCUGAUGUCGUUGCUUAAAGAUGAUGAACGGUUACGAAAUGAACGAGCGAAGUCACUGAAGGCUAAAGAAAGAUUUGCACAGAGUUCUCAAGGCGUUGGUAGUCAACCUUCUCGAAGUGCCAGUGCAGAAAGUCCAACAUUUAGGAGCGAUAGUUCAGAUUCCCCAGUCCACCGUAGACGUCACUCUAAUACCGAGCUCGAUACAGCCCGCCCGGCCUCUAUUGGUGAAGAAGAGCUACAACUGCAGCUGGCAUUGGCGAUGAGUCGUGAAGAACAUGACGAACAAGUCAGGCGACAAAAAUCAGACGAUAUUAAACUGCAGAUGGCGAUUGAUGAGAGUCGGAGACAACAGGCAGAGAAUCGGACUCUUGCAUCAAUGGCAGGUCAAGCGAGACAGACAUCUGACCCAUGGGGUUCCCCUGCAGCCCCACAGAACAAAACUAGUGAUCCGUGGGGAGCCUCUUUGCCUGCACCACCUGGUUCCCACCACAAGGCCCCAGCAGGAGUACAGAAUGACCCCUGGGGGUCACCUGCUCAUCAAGCCCCACCCCCGGUCACUGCUGAUCCCUGGUCAUCCCCACCAUCUUCACAGGAACAAGAUGUUGAAAGCAAUGAUCCCUGGUCAAGCCCUGCCCCUAGCCCCUGGGGGGGAGGAGCGUCAAGUGCCGGAACCUCGUCACCGUUCGAUUCCACCUUCCAGUCGCCCCCAACCAACGGCACACCAAACAAUACAGGCCACAAUAUCGAUGAAGCGUUUGAUGUUCUUGGGACACGGACUUCGCCAGCUAAAACAGAUCUUAUUUCUGGUCAGAGUUUGGACAUAUUCGAUCCUCUGGCAGAUGAGGUGACAACAGACCCCUGGAACAUGUCAGGACUUCAAUCAGCCGUUCCUGAACAACCCAAGCGAAACAAGACACCACAGGAGUUCCUAGGCGCAAAUUCGGGUCUCGUAAACUUGGACGAACUUGUGAAGCCGGAUAAUAAGAGUAAAAAAGCAAACAACCCAUUUUCAAGCCCACAGCCGGUAACAAACCCAUUUGAGCAAACUGGUCCGCAGCGUGUAACGAUGAACGAACUUCAAGCAAAUACGUACAUGAGCGGAUUUAGUCAGCCUGCGACAUCAGGAUUACUACCUGCGCCCAUGGUGCCGUUGUCAAAUCAGGUGCAACAACACCAACAACAACAGAGUUAUAACCCUUUCUUAUGAAACACAUUUAACAUGCUCAUAGUGACAAACAUUGUUUUAUAUGAUAUAAGUGUAGGUUUGUCGUCCUGAGGCGAAGCUCCAGAUAAGGUUUUCCCAGUCCAAUCUUAAGCCAUUUCUUUAUUAUUGAAACCGGGUCCAGUUAAUUGUGACUACGAGGAAUUUAAGUAGACUUGUACAUUUUGAUAUUUAUAACGAUUUCAGUCUUUUUAUAUAUUUAUUAGAAAAUGGUAAAAAAUGAUACCCUUAUCUGGAGCUGUGUUGAUGGAGCAAUUUUGUGUGUUACGUCAAUAUAAUGCAUUUUAAAAAUAUGUUUACAUUUUAGUUUGACAAGUAUUGCUAAGAACUUUUUAUGUUAAAUAAUUAUUUUCAGAAAUCAUUUAGUUUUCUUCUGAAAGAUUAUGUCUGCUUUGAAUAUGGAAAUUUAAAGAUUAAGUCUGCUUUGAAUAUGGAAAUGAAUGUUGUUUUCAGCUGUUUAACAAAUGAGUUAUUUCUUAACUGCUUUAUUAAGGAUUACAUAAAUCUUCCUUAAGUAAUUCAUCAGUUAUGCAUCAAUAAUUAGCAAUAGGACUUUCUGUCAAAGUAUGAAUGCUCCUGUUGCCUGUUCAUUUAAGGAUCAUACUCAAAACAUCACAAAUCUUCAAUCUAUAAGAAUGUUACAGAUGGCCAAAAUACUGGCUUAGGUUAAGUUACAACUCUAUCAAAGAAAAAUAAUGAAAGUAUGACAUUUAAGAUAAUAAUUUCACUUUUAUAGGACACUGGGGACCGUUUCAAAAAAGAUCUUAAUUGAUUUUAGUGAUAAAUUGAAAUUAUCUAUUUUAUAUGUGUGAAUUAAAUUUCAAACCAACAUUAAAACUGGACAGGAAGUUGAGGGGAAAAAAAAUUCAUGCUGUAAUGCCAUUUGUUACGUUUGUACAGAUUAAGGUCAUUGAAGUUAAGACAACAAUACUUUUGAAACGACCUGCAGAUCUUGAAUGAAAUGGACCGAAAGUAAAUGUGUCUAUAACUCUGAAUCUCACAUUUAUUUUUUUUACAAAUAUAGAAUGUAAUGAUUUUUCACGAAUUGAUCAGGUCAAGAAAAAUUAAAACCUAGAGUAGACUAUCGAGUGCUCAGCUUAAGAUGCCUGCAACUCCUUAUCUGUAUUAAGCUACAGACAUCUUGAGUUGACCCCUCGUCUGAGUGUGUGAAAUAUUAACUGGAGUUUAAGCCAUCUUGAGCUGAGCCCUCCAUUGAGUGUGAAAUUUUAACUGGGGCUAUGGCCGUGUUGAGCUGACCCCUGUUCUGUGUGAGUGAAAUAUCAACUGGAGUUAUGGCCAUUUUGAGCUGAGCCCUUUUCUGAGUGUGACAUAUUCGCUAGAGUUGCAGCCAUCUUGUGCUGAACCUUCAUAAAGUGUAUGAAAUAUUUACUUGAUGAUGUUAAAGAGAGUGUCAUAAUUUCGCAAAAUAAUAACAAAUAACCAUGUAUAACAAUAUAGCACUACAAUUACAGGAUUAUAAGCAUUGUGUUAUAAGUGUGAAAAAAUAUCUCUUAAUAUUAAAUUAUAGGCAUAUUCUUGAAAUAUAUAAUGCUGCGAUUGAACUGUCAGAUUCGUCGACAUUGUCUGUGAUAAAGGGUUAUAAUGAGAUGAUAUUUUUGAAAAAUAAUCAUUCGCUUCGGCCACAGUUUAUUAAUAUAUUUGUUUGGUGUUUCCCUACCAAAAUAAUUGAAGCAAAAAAUAUCAUUACGACAGGAUAAGAGACUAAAAAUAGGCUCAGGUCUCCAGUAUUAUUCCGAGUUGGUCCGGAAACCCAAAACGCUUUAUUCUUGAAUUGUGGCCUAAUAUACAUGUAGUUAAAGCAAAAUUGUGUUAUUUCUUACAUUUUGUAAAAUUAUUUUCAUUGAGUAUAAUUGUAUUGCUGAUAAAUAUUACUUGUAUUCUGAUUUUGAAAAUGGGAAUUUAUUAAACAAGAUUUUGCAAGAUAUUGAAUGUCUUUUUUGUAGCUUUUCUGUUUUUUAAAGAAUAAAUUUGCAAUAUUUAACAGUGUUGGUGUUGUACACAUUGUUAGUUGGGGUGUCAUACAAAAUACAUGGAAGUGGGAACACAUUUUAAAUAGACGACAGACUUUUGAACACCAAAACCAAAAAUAAUACCGACAAUUAAUAAUAUACUGCAGUUAAUUGAGAAAAUCUACAAAAAUUUUACAUUGGCUCCAAUUUUGUACACAAUUAAUUUUUGCUAAUACUCCGAUUAAGUCAUGCUGUAAACACAAAAACAUUGUAAUGUAUAGCUACCCAAGGCCAUUUUUUAUGUGAAAUAUAGCUUAAUUCAUAGUACCAUUUGCAGCAGCUCAUUAAGACCUUUACAGAACAUCUUGAAAUUUUUAAGUAUCUAAAUAAAUGAAAAAGUUAUAGCACUCUAGAGACAGUUUCUGGCGGUUUUUAAUGUAUGAAAUAAACAGAGACAUUAUAUUAUCAUUAUCAAAUGGUUGGGAACGAACCUGUUGACAUGAAAGAUACUUUAUGGAUUUGACCAUUUUACUGUUUAUCAUAAUAUUGUUUUUACCCCUGUAUCUCAUAUGUAUUAGAAGAUCUGAUUUUUAUAUCAGCAAAUAUGGUGCAUUUAAUAUAUAAACAAGGUAUAUUUUCAUUCCCUUUAAGAAAGAUACUUGCAUACACUUUUCAUGUAUUUCGGAUGGUAGAUUUAUGAUAGUUGUUAAAUAAGCAAAAAUGUCAGUUUCAUGUAUAAAUGUACAUAAGUAGAUGAAAGACAAGAUCAAAGAACAUUUAUUUUACUAACUUCCAAGAUUUAUUUUAUUGCAAUGACAUUUGUAAUUAGAGCUGGUUUCAUUAGCCCAUGUGUAUUUCAAUGUUCAAAUCUAGGAAUUGUCAUAUCCUUGGUGUCGUUGUCAUCAGUGUCGAUGUUGUUCUGUUUCCAAAAACUUAAACCUUAGCCAUUGCUCUUCAAGUGAUCAAGUCAGUUACAGCAAGGACAAUAACUCUUGAUUGAAUAAUUGUUCAGUUAUGUCCCUUGUUCGACUGAAGAAAAAACAACAACAACAAGCAUUGGUAUACACUCCAUGACACUCUUGCUAGUAAUUGAAGGAGAUUCUUCUCAUGCUUAUGGUAGAUUUUAAUUUAAUGUUUUUGCACUGGUUGUUAAAAUCAUUAAGCAAACAUUUUUUUUUAAAACUUAAGAGCAGUUAGUUCACAUAGAGACAGAACAGAGAGCAGUGAUAAUACACAUAGCAGAGACAGUACACAGAGCAGAAAUAGUACAAAGAGUAGAAAAAGUACACAGAGCAGAAUCAUUACACAGAGCAGAGAUGGUAUACAUAGUUUGUUUUUUUCUAGCACUCACAUAUAUACUUGUAUAUAAUGGAGCAUUUCACAUUGCACAAUUGCAGUUAUUUGCUUGAGUGAACAUGUUAUAAGUAGACUUUAAGGUUGUAUAGUUUUAAUAUAUUCAGAAUUUUGUAUACCAUAAUGUAGAUAAUGCUUUGAAAAUGUCUUGAAAAUAAAUAUGGAAGUAAUAUCAAUUCAGAUAAAAAAAACAUACUGACUGGCUAUCUGACAAAUCAAUUGACCGACUAAAAGGAUGUAUGAAUGAAUGAAAUUGAAAACUCAAAUUCAUUACUAAAAUUGUUUUUAUUGAAUAUUGUACAAUGUAUUUAUAUGUUAGCUUUUGAUGUGUUUAUUUAAACAAAGACUAUUUUAUUUUUUUAACCAUGAUAAAAUCAUUAGCUUCAUUGUGAUAUUUUGGCUAAUGUAGACAUUGUCCAAUAAUUAUUUACUAUACAUGUAUGUUUCCCUGUACUUAUUUUAAUUGCAGAAAAAAAAAAUUGAAUAAGAUUUUGUCAAAGCCUUGGUGUCCCUGUCAGCUUUAUCGUCAGCAUUUUGAAAUCAUUAUAUGGCAAUAACUAAAUAAUUGACAUGAAGGCAAACCGCCCUCAUAACUUAUUAUUUAGGGCGGUUUCAGCAUCAUAUCAAUUGUUAACGAGAUUAAAAUGAAACUUGCUACACAUGCUGCUAGUCUAUACCAUUAAAUUCAAUAUGGAUGAGAAAUGGCCCUGUAAUAGUUGAAAAAAACAAAAAAACAGACUGAAUUCAAUAUUUGUGUUCCCCUGUGGGGCUUUAGGGAAAUUGUAAAUUGCUGGACAUUUUUUUUUUAUUAUCCGAACUUCUGUUAAUAUUAUAUAUGUGUUAAAAAAGUACAAUACUAUAGUAGUGAUAUAGAAUUAUGGAUUCGCAUUGUCUAAGUAUUACAAUUAUUGUGAAAUUAAACAAAUUGCGGGUAAGGGGUGGGGGGAUUAUGAGUUAAAGGCAAUCUAUAAUAUUUACGAUGUGUCAUUCACUCUUAAGUAAAUAUUUGUCACAUUUUUUCAAACAUACAUGCACACAUUUUUUCUUGCUUUGUAAGUGGACGUUGGAUAUACAUACGAAUAAAGUUGUACAUGUGUAUAAUAUCAUGAAAAUAAUGCAGAUUGUCACUCCCUGCUUAAGAAACAUGUAUUUUUAUUUGAUACGGUAUAAAUAAAAUAUGUAUAACACCAUUGAAACUGAUUGGUAAGAAUUGAUCACAUGCUGUCCCAGUAAAGAUCCUUAUAGGUUGUUUUGUUAUUUGAAUUAAAAGUCGGCUCAUUAUAAUAGACAUGGUUAAGGAGGCCGCAGUGUCAUUGCGAAAUCUUUGGCCUUAACUAAAAAAGUGUUCUAGAUAACUUAACAAAAUUCUGGCUGUAAUAAUUGUUGAGUUGUUCCCCUUGUUCAACUAAAAAACAAGAACAGACAAGAGCUGAUAAACAAGUUGGCAUUCACUCCAUGGUGCUUUUUUAUUGUAAUACAAUUACUAUUUAAAAUCAUACUCAUAUUUAAAAUCAAUACAUACACAUGUAUAACAAACAUAAAUUGUGACUGUUAAACCUUUCUACUUACUAAUUAAUGUAUUUUUCGAAAAUAUUAUAUAAAUAUAACUGAUAACAAGAUUGUAACCGUGUAUUAAAUAGCUGAAAACGCACAAAUAUUAAAUGCCUGGUGAGUCUAAAAAGGUUUACAUUGAUCAACUAUCGUCCCAUAAGGUAGAAAUACCGUGUUUUCUGCACAUUUCUAAACUAAACUUUGUAUCCAUCAUAAGAACCAUUGUUUUCGAUAUUUUUUUCAUCCUUUUUGGUAAUUUAAAACAAUUGUAUUAAUUGUGGUACAGCUUUUUUUGGAGUAAGAUUGCAACUUUAAUUAUUUCUAAUCAGAUGUGAUAUUGAUAUGUCAGAUGUGGACAUACUGUGUAUUAUGUUUUAAAGCUGCACUCUCACAGAUUGACAGCUUUGACUUUUUUUUAUUUAUUUUUUUGGUCUCAGUAUCAGCUGAUUUUGGCAUCAAUGCUUUCAUUUCAGUCAUAUAAAAUAACUCACAAUAGAACAAAUCUCAAUUGUUUGGAAAACUGCUGAAAAACUCAUUUGCUUAAAGCGUUAGUAAAGCUUUUAGAAAUAAAAUAGCAAUUUUCAAACAUAAAUAUGAAAAACUGCGAACCGAUCUUUUGUCAGCAGUCUUGUUUCACUAAUUUCAAGACAUUUACACAAAAUUUUGCUGAUUCCAAGAUAGGAAAUAAAAAAGUUGUUAUAACGUUCAAUCAAUGAGAGUGCAGUUUUAAGGCCAUAAAUGUACAAAAUUACUCCUGUUGAUUUUUGAUGUGCUGGCGCGAGGUAAUGUCAGUCAUACAUGUUUUUGUUGAAUCUUUGGUUACUGGAGUCAUUGAUUAAUUGUAACAGUUAUUUAACUUUACUUCUUAAUCUGAGAAUGAAUUUUGAUUUUGUGUCUGAUAUUGUUUACAUGCUUGUGUGACUGUAUUGCUUGUGAGCUACUUUAAGUACAUGUUAAUAACUUUUGCUACCAUACAUUAAACUGUAUUUCAUAUUUAACAUCGGAAUUGUAUCUUAAAUUACAUAAUAAAAUGAAAUUGUGA